AUGCGCUACUCAACCAUCACUAUCCUCUUCUCGGCCCUCCUCGCCGCGACGACCCUCGCCCACCCAUCCGAUAACCGCCGCCGCAACAACAUCGACGUCCCCGAAGCCCACAACACGAUCGAUCCCAUUGACCGCCGCGACGUCACACCCACAUCUACCUCUUCAUCCGCUGCCACUACCUCUACCGCCGCUGCAGUGAAAGACGAAGACCCAGACUUCCCCGACGAGACCGGUGACCGUGGGUCCGUGGACGUGCCGGAAGAUGAUGGCGACGAUGACGACGAUGACGAUGACAGCGACUCGGAGGAUGAGGAGGAGAAGAAGAAGGCUGGUGCUGGAAGGGGCUAG